GGUGGGUGGAGAGGUGUGGUGCAGUGUGAGAGUCCUUUGCACAAGGCGUCUCAUCAAUGUCUUAAUGUCCGAACACCAGCUCUGCACCCAGCCCCAUGUACAGGACGCACAGUAAAGAAGACAGGCAUCUCCCCAACGUUGUGCAUGCCAGAAUCAGCCAACAUCACAGGACCCCCAUCACAACAAAGAGAUGGCAGAAGGUCGGCACUGCAAGAUUCACCUCCUAGACGAUCGGAAGUUGGAGCUCCUUGUCCAGCCCAAACUUUUAUCCCGUGAAUUACUGGAUCUGGUGGCUUCUCACUUCAACCUAAAAGAGAAGGAAUAUUUUGGGAUUUCGUUCUUGGAUGAUACGGGUCAGUACGCCUGGCUGCAGUUGGAUCAAAGAGUUCUCGAUCAUGAUUUUCCAAAGAAAUCCGACCCGGUGACACUUUAUUUUGUUGUUCGCUUCUACAUUGAAAGUAUAACUUUUCUGAAGGAGAACACCACCGUGGAACUGUUCUUCCUCAACGCAAAGGCUUGUGUGUUUAAGGGGCAGAUCGAGGUGGACAGCGAGACGGUCUUUAAGUUGGCGGCGCUCAUUCUGCAGGAGGCCAGAGGAGACUACAGCAGCGAUGAAAAUGCAAGAAGAGAUCUGAAAAUUUUGCCAGCUCUGCCCACGAGAACCUUACAGGAGCACCCGUCCCUCACAUAUUGUGAAGAGCGAGUGAUCGAACAUUGUAAGAAGCUGAAAGGGGUAACCAGAGGUCAAGCAAUUGUCCGGUACAUGAAAAUUGUUGAAGCUCUGCCAACAUAUGGUGUUCAUUACUACAAAGUGAAGGACAAACAGGGAAUUCCAUGGUGGUUGGGAAUUAGCUUCAAGGGAAUCGGCCAGUACGAUAUACAAGAUAAAAUAAAGCCGCGAAAGCUAUUUCAGUGGAAGCAGCUGGAGAAUUUGUACUUCCGAGAGAAAAAAUUUGCUGUUGAAGUUCACGAUCCCCGUAGAAUAGCUGCGUCAAGACGAACCUUUGGACAGAGUGGUCUGGUCGUUCAAACGUGGUAUGCAAACAAUUUUCUGAUCAAGUCCAUAUGGAUUAUGGCCAUUAGUCAACAUCAAUUCUACUUGGACAGAAAGCAGAGCAAGGCAAAAAUUCCAGCAGCUCGAAGUCUAGACGACAUCGCCAUGGAACUGACUGAAAGCGGGACCAAAGUCACCAAAAUGGUAGAAGGAAAGAAUCCCCUGAUCAUGGCGAGCAGCGGCAGCUUAAUCUCAUCAGGUUCCCAGGACUCUGAAGUCAGCGAAGAACAUAAAGUCGAGAAAAUCCUUGAGUUGAAGAAAAAAGAGAAAGCUCUACAAGAUGUUCUUCUGAAAAAAAUCGAGGAGCUGAAGAAGAUUUGCUUGCGCGAAGCAGAAAUAACUGGGAAAUUACCCACUGAGUAUCCAUUGGGUCCUGGUGAAAAACCUCCUCCAAUCAGAAAAAGGAUGGGAACAUCUUUUAAACUUGAUGACAACUUACUACUCAACGAGGAGGAUCACGAAUUACAAAAUCUGGAGUGCAAGUUCCUAAUCCAACAACAAUUGGUAGAGGCUACGAAGAGACUUGCGACCGAGGCGGAUUUGAGCAAGAACGUCAAGAGGAAGAGGAAGCAGGAUUAUAGCGACGCACUUAAAAAACUUCAAGAACUGGAAAGUACUAUUAAUGAAUACAGAGUCAAGAGCGGGAAGGAUCCUACGAAGAGAGCCUCUCUGCUUAUGCAAGAUGACAUCAUUCCGUCUGAAAGCAGCUCGUUGUCUGAUACAACCACGAUGGAGGAUGAUGAGUCAUUCUUUUUUCAAGGACACAGACCGAGCCCUGUGCACAACUCUCCAAAAGGCCGACCUCAAAAGUCAACAGGCAUUGAGAAAAACCUCUCCAGAAAAUCGUCCCUGAAUGAACAGUUCUCGGACAUGCGGCUGUCCAGAGAGCCAUCUUCGACGCACAGCAGCCCGUACAAAACGUCGGAGCGGAAAUCUCACGGUGGCCGCAGCAUGCCCUCCACGCCUGUCCUGACGCGCAAUGCCUACAGCAGCAGCCACCUCCAGAACGAAGGCAUGUCUCAGUACACCAUGCCGCGCAGGGGCAGUCUGGAGUCUCACACGCCGCUCCUGCCGGACGCGGUCGAUGGGAAGCCAACGUUCUCCAUGUCGAAGAGCCACAGAAGCAACAGUACCGAGAUCCUCGAUGACGGCUCGUCUUACACCAGCCAGUCCAGCUCUGAAUACCACAGCACCCCCCCAAAACAAAAUCCCUGCUACACCACCCAGACUCUGGACAACCGCUCCAGGAGACGGCACAAGAAGCAGAAUUUCUCGGCAGCUAAUUCCGGCAGCAUGCCAAACCUGGCCAACAAAGACGCCCGGAAUAGCGUCUACCAAAUGACUCAGAACCACCCGUCUUCUUCCAGCUAUUACAUCACGGCGUAUUCUGGCUACCCGGAUGGUGACCCGUAUUACAACGGAGCUUACAUUUACGAGAAUGAUACUGAAGGACAAUACAGCGUCAACCCGUGUUAUCGUUCGGUGGCGAGCUACGGCUAUGACAAUUACCGGGACGCAAGGUAUGACGGGGACCGGUUUGUGCCUCACAACCCCUAUGCCACUUUGCGGCUUCCAAGGAAAAAACCCGCAAAGACCACCGAACAGAUCACCAAAAACAUUAAUAAGGCCAUUGUGGCGGAACACCUGCGGGGGUGGUAUCAGAGAGCUGCGUGCCAGAAAGAUAUGGUUGAAUUGGAUCGGGGGUCCCAGAGAACCUUGUGCUACGCGUCUAUGCAAGUGCCAUCGCCUCCCAGCUCCAGGGCUCCAUCCUGCUCCUCAGUGUCUUCCACGAGUACCCGGAGAGUCCAAAACAGCUCGUUAGGGUAUCCAGACUAUAGCAUGGUGCCUCACGCAGCAUACACGGGGUACUCCACGGCUUACAGCACCACGACAUUACCCAGCCGAAGUUUUUUGACUUAUCCUUCCCAGCUGGACGACUCCUCGGACAUCACCCCGCUAAACGAUGACCUUCCUCCGACCGACCAGGAGCUGCUGUGGCACGAAGACGCCAAACCAGGGACAUUAGUUUGAUUUUUGGUCGUUCUGUUUGUGACAAAGUCGUUUGGAGCACUCACCUCACGUGCCUUGAGCAUGUCCCACCAGGCCAUACCUAGUCAACUGGACACCAUACCGGCACAACAAGCCCACCCUAACAGGAUAACGUUAAGCUGAAGACUUUGGCAAGGCACAAUCUUUUUUCUUUCUCUCCAGCAGAGAAUAGCACUUGAUUUUUGUAAUUCUAGUUAGCAAGCACUUUUUACCGGAAGGAGGAACUUCAAACUGUGAAGGUUGGACCGUCGCUCUAGAGUUGGUUCUCCAGAAAGGUCGUGUUGACCCUUUUUUGACGGACCGGUGGGUUACGUUCAACGGUUGCAUGAAGAAAGCACAGGGUUGGAGGCUGUUGAAGGAAUUUAUAAAUGAAAA